AUGGACGCCUGUCAGUGUAACGUCAUUAUUGCUGGAGACUUUAAUAUUGACUCCCUGAAAGACUCAAGAGAACAAAAAGAGGUAACGGAACUCCUAGCAUCAUACAACAUAACAAGAAUGACUCUCCCACCAACACGCAUAACAGCCAACUCUGUGACUUCAAUAGACGCUAUCUGUACAAACCUGGAGACCAACAAAGUGACUGUAAAUGUUUCACAUACUGGACUAUCAGACCACACAGGACAAUUUUGUACCAUAGAGCUACCUGAAAGAAAGUCGCAGAUUACCCAGCGACGGUCAUAUAUAAAGAUGGUCUACAAUGAAGAAACAAAGGUCCUGAAAGAUGAAUUUCUUAAAGCUCAAGAAAAUUAUAGAUUGACAGGAAACCAGGAAGACAAAGCUGAAGCUGCUAGGAAAAAGAAAACCUAUGACUUGAAGCUUAAACAACUUAGAAGUGAAGCAAGCACUGAACACAUUGCACAGGCUAGUAACAAGAGCAAAGCAAUAUGGGAUGUCAUAAACAGUGAACGGAAAGCAACACAUGAAACUUCAGAAGAGAACCUCACUGAAAUUGCAACCCCUCUAUCUAUCCUUCAUCCUGCAACAGCUGAAGAAAUACAGACAAUUAUAAAUUCCAUUAAACCAAAAUCAUCAGCAGGUAUUGAUGACAUAUCUUCAAAAAUCAUCAAAAUCUGUGGAAGAACUCUUCUGACUCCAAUUUUAGCUAUCUGUAACAGGUCCCUUAACCAAGGCAUCUUUCCCUCCAGACUUAAAAUUGCUAAAAUAUAUCCCAAACACAAACAAGGAAAGAAAGAUGAACCAGCCAACUAUAGACCCAUCUCUCUCCUACCUACUACUUCAAAAAUUAUUGAGAAAAUAGUUCUUGCCAGACUACUCACACACCUUCAACAAAAUGGCCUCUUGACAGACAAGCAACAUGGCUUUACAAAAGGGAAGUCAACAACAACUGCAAUUGCUGAUCUGGUAGAGUUCAUAGUAGAGAAACAUAGAGUCCGGCAACACCAUCUCCAGCGUAUACUUAGACCUGAGUAA